AUGGAUGAGAUAUACGAUAGUGAUGAUAGUUGUUCAUUCACCACAAUAACUAACAGUUCACAUGAUCCCAAUCAAUUACAAAAAAAUAAUAAUAAUGACCUAAUCUUGUUCCCUAGCAUUAAAUGUGAAACAUUGCAAAAUCGAAAGAAAAAUGAUCUAUUGUGGAGAUUAACAACACCGUUAUCAUCAUCCUCGUCUGCUUCAUCAUUAGUAAAGUCAACAUCUCACUCAUUAGCAUGCUUAAAUCAUCAUCAUCAUUUUUCAAAUGCUCAUUCAAGAAAUGUAUCUAAACAUCACAUUCAUCAUCAUCAUCAACGAAAUGCUCGUCUAAGUAUAAACGCUCGAGAAAGACGACGAAUGCAUGAUUUAAAUGAUGCUUUAGAUGAUUUACGCAGUGUUAUCCCAUAUGCUCAUAGUCCAUCUGUAAGAAAAUUGUCAAAAAUUGCUACAUUGUUAUUAGCAAAAAAUUACAUUCUAAUGCAAGCUAAUGCAAUAGAUGAAUUAUACAAAUUAAUCAUAAGUCUUAAUUCACAAAUUCAACAAUCUGACUCGUUAUUAUUAACUGAUGAUUAUAAAGCAAUUACCUGUAAACCUACCAUGUCAACAUUGCAAGAUACCACUCAGCUUGAUAGCAAUAACCAUGUUACAGGUGGUGUUUUGCAUACACCUCCUGUGUAUCCAAUCUCUUCCACAUCUCCACAUCUACCUCCAUGUUCAGUGUCCAGUUCAUCUGAAACCAGUAAAUAGAACAACGUUUUUGUCAAUAAAUUAUUACAAUUUUGAACAAUAAUGAUCAUUUAUGGAUAUUCAGGAUUAAACUAUUAUAUGGUUGACCAG